CCCACAAAAGUGUAUGGUGAGUGCUGGGCGUACAUACGGCACUUGGAUUUGACCGAUAAAAAAGCUUGUCAAAGUCGGUAUCGGUAAAACGGGUGAUCGGAAGAAGCAGCGAUUCCGUCAUUGACGAAAGUCAGAACCUACUUGUGCAACACCUGGCCACCUGAAGUUUUUGCAUAUUUAUACUUCGGUCGCUUCUGCUACGGUUCAGCCAGACAGCUCUUUCGCCCACUCGCCUCCCUCAAACACCAAUCGCAUCAACGACACGACCUAAUGCUUUCCCUCACCGUGCUCGCCUGUGCGGCGGCGGCGGGUUUGGCUCUGUGGAAACUAUUCCAAGGGUACAUCACCGUGUCCUCUCUCGACAAUAUACCUGGACCCAGUCGAACUUCCUUCUGGAGAGGAAAUCAGAGUGAUAUUUACAACCGCCAUGCCUGGGGUUUCCACGACCGAGCUCGGGAGUCAUUCGGAUCUGUCUUUAAGUUCUGGGGACCUUUAGGCACCCGCGGCCUCUAUGUCUACGAUCCGAAGGCUUUGAAUAAUGUCAUAAACAAGGACCAGCUUAUCUACGAAGAGAGUCGCUGGCUUAUUUCAUGGAACAUAAAUGCGUUCGGUCUUGGUCUUCUUUCCACGCUUGGUGAGCACCACCGCAAGCAGCGGAAGCUACUGAACCCGGCCUUCUCCAUCAACCAUAUGAAACGCAUGACUCCAAUUUUCUAUCGUACUACCCAUCGCCUUCGAAUCGCGAUUGCAUCCCAAGUGGGGAAAACAUCUGCGGAGAUGGACCUUCUUGGAUGGCUGGGUCGCCUGGCGUUAGAACUAAUCGGUCAGGGUGGAUUAGGUUAUUCGUUCGAUCCACUUGUAGCAAACACUAGCAAUCCAUACGGGGAAGCGAUUAAGGACUAUGUACCGGCUGUGUUUAGCGUACAGCUCUGGCGUACUCUAUAUCCUUACGUCCACGAGUAUAUCCCAUCGAGCGUCCGGAAUCUCCUUGCCCCGCUUCUUCCCUUCCAAAGAUUCCGGCGGCUUCGCGAAAUCAUCGGUGCCAUGGAUCGCCACUCAAGGAGCAUCUUCCAUGAAAAGAAGGCUGCUUUGGAGAAGGGUGACAAUGCGGCUCUUCAACAAGUUGGCGAAGGAAGGGACAUCAUGAGCAUCCUAAUGAAAGCAAACAUGGAAGCCUCUGACGAAGACAAACUCCCUGAGGACGAACUUAUUGGACAAAUAACAACUCUUGUAUUCGCUGCUACCGAUACGACAUCCAAUGCACUGUCUCGCAUCUUCCAGCUACUGGCGGAACAUCAGGACGUGCAGGAUAAGAUGCGUGCGGAACUGGUGGAAGCCAGCCCCAGUGGUGAAGAUAUCCCUUAUGACACGCUGGUCGCAUUGCCUUACAUCGACGCUGUUUGUCGAGAGACCCUCCGCCUUCAUCCUCCGGUGAACUAUAUGGCCCGCGAAACGCGGGAGGACGUGAUUAUGCCCCUAUCUGAGCCCAUCCAAGGAGUCAAUGGCGAAAUGCUAUCAGAAAUACCUGUACCCAAAGACACUACCAUUCUCAUCGGUAUCCGGGCUUGUAACCGCAACAAAGCUCUCUGGGGUGACGAUGCCGAUGAAUGGAAGCCUGAGCGAUGGCUCUCCUCUCUACCUGAUGCUCUCGGAAAUGCACAUGUGCCUGGUGUAUACUCUCACCUGAUGACAUUCUUGGGCGGUGGAAGGUCUUGCAUUGGCUUCAAGUUCUCCCAGCUGGAGAUGAAGGUCGUUCUCGCCGUUAUGCUGCGCUCCUUCAAGUUUCUCCCGGGAGAAAAGGAAGUCUAUUGGAAUAUGGCAGGUAUCAACUACCCUACCGUCGGCAGAGAGAGCAACAAACCUUCCAUGUACUUGCGGCUGGAGCCCAUCGGCUCGCAGUAAGAACGACUUUUAUUGCGUCUAUACUUGCACAUUGCAGUACUCUGGCGUCGAUAGCUUCUUGGAGAAGACAAUGUUCGUGUCCAGUAGCUAGCUCAUCAUGGCUUUGUAUAGCUACCACGUAUCUCAAGAUCGGGUCUGCUAUGGAUAUCGUUCACCUCGCGACAUGGGCAGGCUUGCGGAAAGAGGG